AUGGAUGGCUUCGCCGAAGCUAACCAGCUACUCUCAUCAGCACUGGAACAAUUGGAUGAUAUUAUAAGAAAUGGAAACACAACUUCUCGGAGUACCACCACAAUCGGAUCCGUCGGUCCGACACCCAUCAUCAAAAAAUCAUUCCGAGACCUACUACCACCGCCUCCAUCACUCAGGUCGACAUAUUCCCCAAGAAUAAUGGAGAAUGGUCAUUCUCACAAGCAGCAUAUAAAUGAUGACAUUGACAAUGGAAAUGCAGAUGAUGAAAGGUCUAGCCGGGAAAUAAACCGCCAAUGGAUUAGUAGUGAUUGGAAACAUCGUACAGAUUUGGGUUCCGACGGUUCAUCUGGAGUUGAGUCGCCACCAUCUGAUCUACCAACGUCUUCAUCUUCACUAUUCAGUCCACCAAGGAUUUAUCAGGAGUUUGUAAAAGCUAUCGACGAGCACACGAUGACGGAGAGGCCAGAUUUGGAGACACGCCUGAAAAUUAUGAAAUGGGUGGCUGGACGGACGGUUAGUUUGGUUAAAGUAAUAUUUUGCAUGUAUGUUUUGUGUGAAUCAAAAAUUGGAAACUUGGCCAGUCGAUAUGUCUAA